GGAACUUGGAAUUUCAUUUUGGCAGACAUUUGGAUCUCAUCCAUCCCAUUCGGCAAGACCGAACGGAACCUCGGAAACCAUGUGCAAUGUCUUUAGCAUCGAUUUGGAGUGGCCUAAGGAUGUCUCCACUAGUCCAUGGAUGCCCCCACUCGCUUACCUGAUCGUCCGUGGUCUGAUCGCAGCGAUCUUCAUCGUUGGUCAGAUCCUCCAUUUGAACGACUUCAUCGAUGAGUUCGGGGCUUUCUACUUCAUUUUCCUGACCAACUGGAACUUAAUCUUACAGACCUUCACCACGAUUUGCCUCUUCCUUUGCGCCAUCUGGGGCUACACGGUCUCGCCGGAGAGCAGUGGGAAGGCACCGUGCUUCGUGAAAUUCACGACGGCUUUGUGGUACAUCAUGCAGCCCUUGUCGAUGAUCGUGGUGAUUCUGUAUUGGACUGUGGUGAAUCAGUUUUGGGAUCCAUACCCGGUGACGUUCUCUUCUUACUGGGCCCAUUUGUUGAACUGGAUGGUCCUCCUCUUCAGUCUCUUUGCAUCGCGGAUUGAUUUCUCUCCGAAGAAUGGCAUCUGGCUGAUCAUUUUCGUCUUGAUCUACUUCGUUUGGACCAUCAUCCACUACGUGGCCGAGAUCGGCCGAGAAAAACCUUGUGAUAACUACCCGCAAGAGUUGUGCCCGAUCUACGACCUCUUCAAUUGGAACGAGCCUGGUCUCACCAUUGGUAUCACCAUCGCGGCCUUGGUGGCUGCCGCCGUGGUGAUUGCCCUGUACUGGGGCUUCGUCCGUUGCCGCAACAGCUGCUGCGACCGUGGCGCCCAAGAGGCGGCAGUGAAGGAUGAAGCGAGGGAACCGGAGGUCGCAUAAGAUCUGCAAGUCCCCCGUCCAAGGACGAGAGGGGGAUGCGAAGAGAGGUGCUACAGCAAGUGCACAGUGAGUGGACGACGAUGUUUCUUGUUCAUGGCAUAAGCCGUUCUCCUUGAUUUGAGAGAUCCAACGUGGUGAUGCUUUUUGGUCAGUUGGCACUUCGAAAACAUGUUCAGGGUGACCAGCUGGUCGGCACGGCACAACAUGCGUCACUACGGCGAGAGAGGGAUGGUAUGAGAAGUCUGAAGUGUGGUUUUAACACACUACUUGGACAGUCGGACAGUUGGCAAGGUUAUGCCUGAAGUGCUGAAGCGCCUCAUGCUUGACUCAAAUGAUGUACAAUGUACAGCAUGUGUUUAUCAUGCUCUGCGUAUGUUUUGCAACCUAC